AUGUCAGAGACAUGUAAAGUACAUGAGAAGAGUACACAAUCAUCACUCUCUCCACAGAACUGUAAUCCCACACCAUUGUUUAUACACAACAAGAGAAGAAGAAAACCACAAAGAGAUCAUAUUCGCAUGUGUGAUUUUAUUCCCCAACAACAACAAUUAUCAUUAUUAUUAUCAUCAUCAUCUUUGUUGUUAUCUACACAAAAAGAAAAACGUAAACAAACAUCUAAACAACAACAAGAAGGUCAUCAUUAUACGAUCCACCAUAGGAGUAAAGGAGUUCCAUCUAUACUAAAGAGAAGAAAGAAUCCAACAAUAACAACAACUUCUAAUCUUUUUCUUAAUAAUGGACAACAAAGAUUAAAGGGAAAACAACGAGAUCCAGAGGCACCGUUUAGUCAUUGGGCUCGUUUUUCUAAACUCAAGCGGGCCAUUGUGAAAGAUAGAAAAUCCGUGUUUGAGGCUCUCACUGCUUCUAUCGUAAGAGGACAUGAUAUACUAUCCACACUCUCUACACAUAAUAAUAAUAAUAAUAAUAAUAAUAAUAAUAAUAAUAAUAUUAAUAAUAUUAAUACUAUUACUAGAAAUGCUGAUACUGUUCAUCCUAAUGAAGAUUAUAAUGAUAACGUAACUACAUCUCCCUCUCAAGAUGAUCCAUUAUUAUUAUUAUCAUCAUCAACAUCAACAUCAACAUUAUCAACAGAGAGUACUACAGAGGCUACACGUCAGGAGUUAUUACGAAAUAUGCAGUCUCUUGUUUCCGAGAUGGAAUUAGUGUACAUUAGACUUCAUCAGUCCAUGCGAAGUAAAGACUACAAACGAGCGGGUCGGUACGUAAAACAUAUAAGAGGAUUAAAAUAUCGUCUUGAUAGAACUGCAUUAAAUUGGCGUACAUGUAUAGAGAAGAAGAAGAAGAAGAAGGAAGGUUCUUCUGCUGAGGAUGUGAAUAUCACCUCUACUCUUUUUCAAAAAGAUCAACAACAUCAUCAUACUUCAUUGGAAUCUCCACAAAAUGGUGUUGUUUCUUCUAUGGAUAUACCAGCCUCAUCAGAGAAACCUCUUCAUAAUAGUUUACAUCAUUCUAUAGAUGAGAUGCAGGAGCCAAAUUAUAUGAACUUCUAUCCUUCUAUUGCUCAAAUGGGUGUGGGUGAACAUCCUCUUGCGGCGUUUAUUGAUCAACGCAGUAGUAAUAAUAGUAAUAGUAAUAAUAGUAAUAAUAAUAAAAGUAAUAAUAAUAAAAGAAGAUAUCUAAAGCAUCUCACUAAAGAUGAGAUAAAUGAUUUACGUUCCAUCUCAGCAGAGUCCAUCUAUACAAAGACAUUAUCCACUUCCUCUCCUUCUGGUAAUCAUUAUGUAGCGACUUACUGUAGAAAUAUAAUGACCAAUGCAUUGGAUGAUCUUGUUUUUACUAUUUUACAAAAACAAUAUCAUUUACAGAGAGCCUUAAAAAAAGAGAAACCAUUACAAUUUAAGGCAAGACGUAUGUAUUCUACUGGACUUCGAGAGACUUUGAAAGGAUUACGUGCUUUUGCUACUCGUAUCCCUCUUGUACUUCUUGCUGCAGAUAUUGAGUUAACGAAUAAUCCUUCUUCUUCUUUUUCUUCUUUUUCUGGAAUGGAAAAGAACGAACAUGAGAAGCAUCAACUUUAUAUACAGAAUACGAAAAGAAAAACAGUAAAUGAUUUGGGUGUCUCUGGAACAAUAGAUGAAAUUCGUUCUCUCUGCAUUUUACAUAAUAUUCCGUUAAUUACAUGUAUGAAUAGACAUCAUUUAGCUUAUGCCUUAUUUGCUAAGGGUUGUAUGAUCUCUUCUGUCUUACUUCACUCUGCAGAGGGGGUUUAUGAAGAAGUACGGGUAUUACGUUAUUAUGCACAGCAAUUAAUGGAUGCUUAUACACAUCUUGCUUCUACGGAGAAAACGGAUUAA